ACAUGUAAAGUAUUUUUUCUUUGUUUCAAAAGAUCAUUGAAUCAAAAGCUCACAUGUUCUCUAUAUAUGAUGAAAACAAGUUUAGAAUAUACAGUAAAUCCAUGACCGAUAUAUUCACAUUGGACCAUGUCGAACACAUAAACUUUCAAAGGACUGGUUUCACAAUCACUUUGUUCUUCAGCGUUAUCUAAAUAUUUUAAAAUUCAUUUGUUAAUUUCUUAUAAUUUUUUUGUAAAUCUUGUAUAGCUUUUUAAUCAAUUAAAAUACAAAACGAGUAACAUAUUUAUGAUUUAUUUUUUUGAAAGGAGAACGUUAUAUUUACAUACUCCAAUCCAGAAACGGUUACUGGUCCCUUUUUGUCCGAAACAUGAAACUGUAUGUGAAGAUGGUAACUUCAUUCAUAUUCUGAAACUGUCAGAAAAAAAAAGUAUACGUUUCUUUACGUAUUGAUGAACAUGAUUGCUGUCAAAUCAUCAAUCAAACGAGUGAUUAGUGAAUGAACUGCCGAAAAAUCCUCAUCGACUUUGUAUUAAGCAAAAAAUGGGCAACACUAUAGGAACCGACAUCGGUGGUUUUAUUGGCAACGUAUUCACAGCACCCUUCAAAGCCACACUUGGAAGAUCCUGUCUAAAUGUAUGCUCAGGGCCAUGGGAUCUUUCAUGUUUCAUAGAACAUUUCUGUCUUCCUGAUAUUGCCAAGCUCGUCCUGAUCUCAGGCCUCUGUGUCAUUAUUUUGAUGUUCAUCACCCUCUUGUUCAAGCUUGGAAUCUGCCAAUGUGUUGUUAAAAGCAUAUGCAAAAUGUCUUGCGCCGCUUGUGCAAUGUACUGGUUCGCUAUUGGAGAGAUGAUUCGUUGCUUGUGGCACAGUUUGACGAACACUAAACGUGUCUACCGCAGAAAACGUCUCCGUGACAUCGAAGCCGCGAGUUACAGUUAUCCAAGCGAUGACGAACCAAGUUCAGCAGACAGCACUAGGCCAAAGCAGAGAAGAAGGAGAAGAACAAGACGAAGAAGCAAACACAACCAUAACCGUGGCAGCAACCGUCGCCUUGUAAGGCUAAAGAGUAGACAAAUGUCUAUACGAGUGGGAGGCAAAUCAAGGAGAGUAAGAAGUGGUAGAAAAAUGAAAUCUAGUAGAGUGAGAGUUAAGAAGAAGAUCCUCAAAGUCAAUGAUUUGGUUUAAAACCGAACCAAAUCAAGAAAUCAAUUAGUUUAUGUAAUAUCAAGAUACUAUAGUCCUAAGAUAUCCACAUAUUCAGUAUCAUAUGUUUUUUUCUAA